AUGGAAUCAUCCUUGAAGUUCAGAAAUAAUUCCUAUCAGAGCAAUAAUUCGUCUUCUCAGACAAGUUCUAAAAUAUCUAAUUUGAUAAGCAAUGUUAAUACAGAUCCCACAAUUACAUCAAAUAGUUCCACUACAGUGGUCAUGGAGAAGGAUUUAAAUAAAAACACAAGUAAGGAUAAAAGUAGUGGUGAAUUUGAUAAUGAUAUAACAAUUAAACCAAGGUAUUUAAAUUUUGGAGAUACUAUUCAACACAAUCCUCUAUUAGAAGUUCAGAAACAAAGAGAGAUAGAUUCAGAUAACGAUAUUUCGCCAGUAUUUGAAUCACCAGAUACUUUGAAAAGAAAUCUUUUAAAUCAUGAUAGCGUACCAGGUUAUAUUGGCGGAAAUAAAAAUAUAAAUAGUACAAAAAUCUAUAAUGAUAUUAAUGCCUCAACAAAAUUCAAACAAAAACGGAGCAUUAGUGAAUUGAGAAAACAGCUAGGAACACCUGUACCUCUUCCUUAUUUAAAUAAAGAUGGAAGUAAGGCUAUUACUAAGGCAUCAAACACUAUACUGAAUACACGUCCAUCCGUUAAAUAUGUAGCUCCAAUUAGAAAGCAAGCCAUUUUAUCUGAAAAGUCUCAUCAUGGCUUAGAUAGAAAAUCGUCUCCUAAGCUUUUGACUCUAGAUAGAUUAGAAGAAAAACAGCAUAUUGUAACAAAUAGGUGGAGAGAUCUUUUAAUAAGGGAUAAAGCUAAAGUAGAAGAUAGAUUAAAACAACUGAAGCUUAGGGAACGAGAGAAUAUAAAUAAAAAUGACUCCAUCCAAUCUCCUAAAAAAAUACAACAUUCUAUUUUUGUCAAUAAGGAUGAUAUGCCAUCAAGAUUGAAUGAGCCUUCUAAUGAUAUCUCAACAAUUGAAACAAAGGUGACAAGGGAAGAUCAAAAAGACCGUCACGGAGAAGUGGGUCACUUAGUAAAUGGGUCAGAUAUUAAUGAAAUAUCAAUAUUAAAAUUACAAGAAGAAAUACAAAAAAAUGCUAAUAAACUAGACUUAAUAAUUUUAAUGUUAAAAGGGUACGAAGAAAAGGAUGUUACAUCAAUGAAUCAACCAUUACCUAAAUGGAAUAAAUUUAUUACAUUUAGAUUCUCAAAAUGUAAUCUUUUGUGGACAAUUUGUAUUAUUAUUUUACUUCUAUGUCAAAUAUAUGUGCUGAAGUAUUUGUAA